AUGAUAAAUUAUAAUAACGAUAGCAAUGAUAAAUUAUUUUUUUCAAUAUGGAGAAACAAGUAUCUAUUAAGUGAAAUACAAAGACAUCACAGGUUAUAUAAUGAAAAUAAAAUAAUAGAAAUCGACUGUUCAAUGGAUCAACUUAGAUAUCAUCCACAUAGAAGAUAUGCAACAGAAAUUAGAUUUUAUACUUUCGGUAGUGAUUAUAACCAAGCAAUUCUGCCUGGUUCAUUACCAAAUAGUCUCACAACACUCUCGUUUGGUUCUGAAUUUAACCAAGAAGUUCUACCCGACACAUUACCAAAUGGUCUCAAAACCCUCACAUUUGGUGAUAAAUUUAACCAAGUAGUUCUACCCGACACAUUACCAAAUAAUCUCACAACACUCACAUUUGGUAAUCGUUUUAACCAAGCAGUUCUACCCAACUCAUUACCAAAUAGUCUUACAACACUCACAUUCGGUUAUGAUUUUAACCAAGUAGUUCUACCCGACAUAUUACCAAAUAAUCUCACAACACUCACAUUUGGCAGUCUUUUUAACCAAGUAGUUCUACCCGACAUAUUUCCAAAUAGUCUCACAACACUCACAUUUGGUAAUCGUUUUAACCAAGUAGUUCUACCCGGCUCGUUACCAAAUAGUCUCACAACACUCACAUUCGGAGCUGGUUUUAACCAAGUAGUUCUACCCAACUCAUUACCAAAUAAUCUCACAACACUCACAUUCGGUUAUGAUUUUAACCAAGUAGUUCCACCCAACUCAUUACCAAAUAAUCUCACAACACUCACAUUUGGUGAUCGUUUUAACCAAGUAGUUCUACCCGGCUCGUUACCAAAUAGUCUCACAACGCUCACAUUCGGUUAUAAUUUUAACCAAGUAGUUCCACCCGGCUCAUUACCAAAUAAUCUCACAACGCUCACAUUCGGUCAUGAAUUUAACCAAGUAGUUCCACCCAACUCAUUACCAAAUAAUCUCACAACACUCACAUUUGGUGAUCGUUUUAACCAAGUAGUUCCGCCCGACUCAUUACCAAAUAGUCUCACAACACUCACAUUCGGAGCUGGUUUUAACCAAGUAGUUCCACCGGCAAACGAAAACAAUAAUAAUAAACAAAAUAAAAUUUAA